GCUGUUUCCGUACAGUAUGGCCGCUGUAGCCUUGGUGCAGGGUGCUAGCAGAGGUCUGGGGAUUGAGUUUUGCAGAUAUCUACUCCUAAAUAAAGCUCCAGCCGCCGUGAUCGCAACAUGUAGAAACCCGGACGGCGCAGAACAUCUGGCAGCUCUAGCCGCGCAGCACCCGGGCAGAAUGACUCUACUGAAACUAGAUGUCAACAGGGAGGAGGACAUCAAGAACGCGGCUGAAAGUGUCAAAUCUGACUUCGGGAAAGUGGAUUUGCUUAUGAAUUGUUCAGCUAUGCUUCAUCCGUCGGGUAAAGGAGAAACGAGUUUACGAGACGUGUCUGCUCAGGGAAUCAUUUCCACUUUGACCACAAAUACUGUGGGUCCACUGGUGAUGGUCAAGUAUUUUGCCUCAUUGCUGCAGAUGGGAACAGGAGCAUUUGGCCAACAGCCCCAAGAGAAAGCAAAACAACACAGUGGAAUCAUUGUUAACAUGACUGCUAGAGUGGGAUCAAUAGGAGACAAUGCUCUCGGAGGUUGGUACAGCUAUAGGAUGUCUAAAACUGCUUUAAACAUGGCCACUAGGAACCUGUCCAUCGAGCUGGGUCGAGGACGGGGUAAAAUGUGUGUGUCCCUGCAUCCUGGAACUGUAAAUACGGAUCUGUCUUGGCCAUAUCACCGAAAUGUUCCCAAGGACAAGCUGUUCAGCACAGAGUACUCUGUACAAUACCUAAUGAAUGUAAUAGACAGCUUAAACAUUGGCAAAACAGGGACUUAUGCAUGGGACGGUACAGAAAUUCCCUGGUAAACAAUUUGAUCUAAAAGAGAAGUCUGUGUUUUUUUUAAGUUUGUGGUUAGGAUAAUGUAAGGUGGCAAUGGAAAAAAUAUGCAGAUUAGAUUUGUUAAUGGAUAAUCACUCACUGUAAAGAACUGGAUGUUCUGGAUGUCUUUCUUUGUGUUUAGCAGAACAGAUUGAUUUAUACAGGCUUGGAACGAUCUGAAGGUGAGUUAUAGAUGACAGAAUUGUCUUUUUUGGGUGAACUAGGAUAUCCCAAAGGGAUAGUUCACCCAAAAAUUCUGUCAUCAUUUACUCACCCUCUUGUCAUUUCAAACCUGUAUGACUUUCUUCCACAGAAAACAAAAGAAGAUAUUUUGAAGAAAAGUUUUGAAGAACAGUGCCUGCACCCAUUCACUUCUUCUGUAUGGACACAAAAUCAAUGCAAGUGAAUGGGGGCCAGUUAACAACAUUCUUUAAAAUAUUUUCUUUUGUGUUCAGCAGAAGAAAGUACGUCAAACAGGUUUGAAAUGACAAGAGUAAAUGAUGACAGAAUUUUUAUUUUUGGGUGAACUACCACUUUAAGCACAUUUUUGUUUUAUGUUGUAACUAACAAUAACAUCACUUCAAACAACGGUGUUCUUGAUUCGUUUGCUUUUCAAAUGUACCCACAUAGUUAUCAGAAAGUAUUCACAGGGCUUCACUUUUUCCACAUUUUGUUAUGUUAUAGCCUUAUUCCAAAAUGGAUUAAAUUAAGUAUUUUCCUCAAAAUUCUACAAACAAUACCCCAUAAUGACAACGUGAAAGAAGUUUGUUUGAAAUCUUUGCAAAUUUAUUAAUAAUAAAAAACGAAAAAAGCACAUUUUGGAAUAAGGUUGUAACAUAACAAAAUGUGGAAAAAGUGAAGCGCUGCGACUACUUUCCGGAUACACUAUAAACACACAGGCAUCUAACUCGGUCCUGCCUUGGUUUUACUAUUGCUUUAAACAUCAAAAACGUUAUUUUAAAUUGACAUCUGAACUCAUCACAUUGUUGUAGAGAUGUCAAGUUCCCCUCCGAUCCUGCCCAGUAGUGGUUUAGGUCACAUUCGUUCAAUUGUCUACAUGAUUUGACCCCUCUCAGGCUUUUUUUUUCUGGCUCAGCCACGACAAGUACCUCCCUCAGUGAUAUCUACACUUGUUCACAGUGAGUUCAAUGACAUUUGUUAAAGAACUGCAAUUUAUUUUUGUAGAUGUGUAGGUCUUCCUGCCCUGUGUGUAUAAAAACCAUUUCAGCAACCACUUGGUCAUUCAUCAUGUUCUGUAUGUAUAGCUAUAAAUAUAUUAUUCC